UCUUCGAUCCCAUCGUCUCUGAAUACCUCUGAAUCUCCGUACGUACGUACAACAAGAGAAAACUAAGGGCGUAUCAUAAUUUGAGAGAGAACAGAGAAUAGAGAGAGGAGAGGGUGGUUAGGGAUGGGGCAACAAUCGCUGAUCUAUAGCUUCGUGGCUCGGGGCACUGUUAUUCUGGCCGAGUACACAGAGUUCACCGGAAACUUCACCAGCAUCGCCUCUCAAUGCCUCCAGAAGCUUCCUGCCUCCAACAACAAGUUCACAUACAAUUGCGACGGCCACACCUUCAAUUACCUCGUCGAAAACGGCUUCACCUAUUGUGUAGUUGCAGCUGAAUCUGCAGGUAGGCAAGUUCCCAUUGCCUAUCUGGAGAGAAUCAAGGAUGAUUUCAACAAAAGAUAUGCUGGUGGAAAAGCUGGAACUGCAACAGCCAAUGGCCUGAACAGAGAGUUUGGACCCAAGCUGAAGGAGCACAUGAAGUACGUCGUGGAUCAUCCUGAAGAGAUCAACAAGCUUGCAAAAGUGAAGGCUCAGGUUUCUGAGGUCAAGGGUGUUAUGAUGGAGAACAUUGAGAAGGUUCUUGACCGUGGUGAGAAGAUUGAGCUGUUGGUGGAUAAAACUGAUAACCUGCGCUCCCAGGCUCAAGAUUUCAAGCAACAGGGAACAAAAAUGAGAAGGAAGAUGUGGUUUCAGAAUAUGAAGAUAAAGUUGAUUGUUGCGGGGAUCGUUGUUGCCUUGGCCCUCAUCAUAUUUUUGUCAAUUUGCAGUGGUUUCAAGUGCGUUGAAAAGUAAUUCGCAUGGGAUGGGUUUUACAGAGUGUCAUGCUGCAUUUGAGGUCUUUGGUAGAAUGCAGAUUGGGUUGGGUUUUUACCGUGGGAAGAGGUACAUUCGGUUGUAUAGCUAUAUAACUUUUGUUUUCUAGGUACCUAUAUAAGUCUCCCCUUCUACAAAUGAUGGUUCAUGUAAUGAUGAUCCCUUAGUUUACAUGGGAGAGAUGGUGACUGCAAAUCAGCGUCUCACUCUCUGAAAACUCUAUCCCCAUUUGCUUCUUCAACUGGUUAAUUUCUCUCUGUUUUCCAAUUGUUUAGCACAGAAUUGUAACUGGUACACUCUUGCGUAAAUGGGGGAGAAAUAGGCCAAG